UGGCUCUCUUACUGAAUGCUUUCUCUUUUUCUCUCCACUCUAAUCAAACUAGAAGCCGUAGAAGAUCUACCAGAAAUGAGUGGGAAAACGUCCCGUCGCUUCUUCUUCAACUUAAGUUCUGUCCCCACUGAAGAGUUCAUCACGUCUGCAGAACUGCAGAUUUUUCGGGAACAGAUACAGGAAACUUUGGGAAACAGUAGUUUCCAGCACCGAAUUAAUAUUUAUGAAAUUAUAAAGCCUGCAGCAGCCAGCUUGAAAUUUCCUGUGACCAGACUAUUGGACACCAGGUUAGUGAAUCAGAACACAAGUCAGUGGGAGAGCUUUGAUGUCACCCCAGCAGUGAUGCGAUGGACUGCACAGGGACACACCAACCACGGGUUUGUGGUGGAAGUGGCCCAUUUAGAGGAGAAGCCAGGUGUCUCCAAGAGACAUGUGAGGAUUAGCAGGUCUUUGCACCAAGAUGAACACAGCUGGUCACAGAUAAGGCCAUUGCUAGUGACUUUUGGCCACGAUGGAAAAGGACAUCCACUCCAUAGAAGAGAAAAGCGUCAAGCCAAACACAAACAGCGGAAGCGCCUCAAGUCCAGCUGCAGGAGACACCCUUUGUAUGUGGACUUCAGCGAUGUGGGGUGGAAUGACUGGAUUGUGGCCCCACCAGGCUAUCAUGCCUUUUACUGCCAUGGGGAAUGUCCUUUUCCCCUGGCUGAUCACCUGAACUCCACUAACCAUGCCAUAGUGCAGACGCUGGUAAACUCUGUGAAUUCCAAGAUCCCGAAGGCAUGUUGUGUUCCCACAGAGCUCAGCGCAAUCUCCAUGUUGUACCUAGAUGAGAAUGAAAAGGUCGUGCUAAAAAACUAUCAGGACAUGGUUGUGGAGGGUUGUGGGUGUCGUUAGCACAGCAAAAAUAAAUAAAUAAAUAAAUAUAUAUUUUAGAAAAAGAAUAAACCCUACUCUCCCCCCCUAUAAACCAGCUGACACUUUAAUAUUUCCCAAUGAAGACUUUAUUUAUGGAAUGGAAUGGAAAAAAACACAGCUAUUUUGAAAAUAUAUUUAUAUCUACGAAAAGAAGUUGGGAAAACAAAUAUUUUAAUCAGAGAGUUAUUCCUUAAAGAUUUAAAAUGUAUUUAGUUGUACAUUUUAUAUGGGUUCAACUCCAGCACAUGAAGUAUAAUGGUCAGAGUUAUUUUGUAUUUAUUUACUAUUAUAACCACUUUUUAGGAAAAAAUAGUUAAUUUGUAUUUAUAUGUAAUCAAAAGAAAUAUUGGGUUUGUAUAUAAUUUUCCAAAAAAUUGUAGUUGUUUUUCAGUUGUGUGUAUUUAAGAUGCGAAGUCUACAUGGAAGGUUACUGGGCAAAGUGCUUGCACAUUUGCUUUUUGUUUUUUGCAGCACUACUGUUAAGUUCACAAGUUCAAGUCCAAAAAAAAAAAAAAAGUGGAUAAUCCACUCUGCUGACUUUCAAGAUUAUUAUAUUAUUCAAUUCUCAGGAAUGUUGCAGAGUGGUUGUCCAAUCCGUGAGAACUUUCAUUCUUAUUAGGGGGGAAUAUUUGGAUAAGAACCAGACAUUACUGCUCUGAUAGAAAAGCUCUUCUUGCAGAAAGAAUAAAGCAGGACCAGUGGAAAUAAUUAGGAAAACUGUGACCAUGUCGGGAAAUGAUAAUGGUGUCUUGUUCUUUCCUAAACCUAUGAUCCCUUCCAGGGGGCUGAUCUGGCCAAAGUACUAAAUAAAAUAUAAUAUUUCUUCUUUAUUAA